AUGAGGGAUACCGUCCAAGGAAUACCGAUUGUGAGGUGCAACUUUGAACCGGGCGAGCUGUGGAACGUCGACCGGAUCGUGCAAGAUCACCGGAAUCGGACUCCGCAGCAGUGGCAGGAGGCGUGGGCCGACCACGAGCCAAAGACGUGGUUUCCCGUGGCGCCGCUUCCGUGUUUUCAAGCUCUGUUCGAGGAGGAUCUGGUGCCGCGAUGCGGCAAGAAGGGAAAGUUGUCGAGAUCGCGGCGAUCGAGAGGGAUUACUUACGACGGUGGUCACGUCGCGUCUGCGCCUCGUUGA